UCACAGUAGAACGGGUCAGUUUACGGCUAGACCACCGUACGAUACCAGCACUCCAAGUCCUACAUUGGUCCCUAACAUCGCUCGUCUGUUUCCGAAGAUUCAAGGCCGAAUCAACGUCGUCGUAACGAAUUUCCCGCGCAGAGAAAGAGAGAAUUUUCCGAGGAAAGGACAACAUGUCGGUCAACCUGAGAAGCGUUCUCAUCAGCGAUCCCGUGGACGAGUCUUGUGGCGCGCUGCUAGCCGAGCACGGCAUUCCGGUUACGACAAAAUACAGACUGCCGAAGGAUGAGCUGAUCAACGAGCUACAGAAGCACGAUGCGCUUAUCGUCCGCUCCGAAACGAAAGUGACGGCGGACGUUAUUGCCGCUUGUCCGAAUAUUCGCGUGAUCGGACGCGCCGGCACCGGAGUCGACAACAUUGACCUCCAAGCUGCCACGCGUAAAGGAAUCAUCGUGUUGAACACACCUGGUGGCAACAGUAUCAGUGCCUGCGAGCUAACGUGCGCUUUGAUAUCCGCGUUAGCACGUAACGUGGCUCAAGCGGCGCAGUCACUAAAGGAGGGUCGAUGGGAUCGGAAGCUGUAUUCUGGCUAUGAAUUAUCCGGCAAGACCCUCGGGGUACUUGGAAUGGGUCGCAUAGGCCGCGAGGUGGCCCGCAGGAUGCAAGCCUUCGGCAUGAACAUCGUCGCCUUCGAUCCCAUAGUGAGUGCCGAAGCCGCCGCUGAGCUCGGCAUCAAGAAGCUCAGCCUGGAGGAAAUAUGGCCUGUGGCCGACUACAUCACCGUCCAUACGCCGCUUAUACCUCAAACCAAAAAUUUAAUCAACGCGACGACUCUGGCGAAGUGCAAGAAAGGAGUUAACAUUAUUAAUGUCGCACGUGGCGGCAUUGUCGAUGAAGAAGCUCUCUUGAAUUCGCUCAAAUCUGGUCAUUGCGGCGGAGCUGCUCUGGAUGUCUUCAUAGAAGAGCCGCCGAAAAAUCCGAUUACUUUAGAGCUUAUCAAACAUCCGAAAGUUAUCCCGACCCCUCAUCUCGGCGCCAGCACGGCGGAGGCCCAGCAACGGGUGGCGGUAGAGAUCGCCCAACAAUUCCUUGCUUUGUCCGGCAAAUCGACCGAGUAUGCCGUCACCGGUAUCGUAAACGCUCCGGUCUUAACCGCUGCCAUGACAAACGAAAACGGGCCGUGGAUAGAAUUGUCGAAGAAACUGGGUCGACUGGCCGGUCGCUUCCUUAAGGGCAAACUCAACACAACCGUGCACAGCCAGACUGUAGGCAGUGGCAUGCAAGACAAGCGAUUCAUACACACGGCCGUGUUGGUCGGCAUAUUAACUGGUCAAACGAAGAACGGUCUGAAUCUAGUUAACGCGCCGACCCUGGCGCAGGAAAUCGGCGUGGAGUUGCACGAGAGCCACGUCGAAGACGACAAUAGAGCGGUCGUCGUGAAAGUUGGACAGCAUAUCAUCAAAGGAACCGUGCGCGACAACGAAUUGCUGCUGUUGGCUUUGGACGAUGCUGUCUUCGUGAAUGGCAUCGCGCUCAGGGAUCAUAUUUGCCUAUAUCGCGCAAACAGGGUGCAGGAUCUCGCCAACAUUGUGAACGUCUUCUCGUCGAAGGGCAUCAACAUCCAUAACUUGAAUGCCAACGGCAGUUGGCUGAUCAUCCAGACUGGCCAGGAAGUGUCGAUUCCAGUGGACGGAAUCGACAGCUUUUGAGCGUUAUCCUUGAGAGAAUGGCAGAGAGAGAGAGAGAGAGAGAGAGAGAGAGAGAGAGAGAGAGAGAGAGAACUUCUGAGUGAAAGAGUGAGAAAGUGAGAGAGAUUGUAGAGGAAAGGAUCGAUAAUAAGCGAUUCUCGCAAAGGCAGGAAGAAUGCAGAGACACUGAUGAAUCCAGUAUUGCUCGAUUGCUAGGAACGCGCGACGAGCUCUUAUAUUCCUCUAUCAACGCGCCUUUUUUUUUAAUUAUGUAAAUCUCUUCUCACAUUCGUAAAAUUAUUAUUUAUUACCCGACUAAAGCGGACGGAUUAGAAAUGGCGAAAUGAAAAUAUUGCUACUACGUAGAUGAACGAUAAGUAUUUUUUUCUUCUCAUAGGACGAAGACUAUGAAAAUAGUCCGUGAAAUAUUCUCGUUUGAUUACACGCGAAGAUACGCCUACUGUACGAAAUAUUACUAAACUUAUACUCUCACGCAUGUACGCACGCACGUAGAGAUAGAAAAAUGUAUAAAAAAGGGUAUAUAUUAUAUGUAACAUGUCCGCGUAUAGUUAUUUAUAUUUUUGUAUUAUUAUUAGAGUUUGUUAAUAAAACAUCACAUUAUCAAAUCA